AUGGUAGAUCUCUGUAGUCCAUGUCGCUCUAGACACGACGAAGAGGAAGAGGGGGCUCAAGAGCAGGCCCGCACUGCGGCGAGCCAACAACGCCAGCGAGACCUCAUUACGGCUGCCUCCGAACGUCUGCUGGCCCAAGAUCUCUCGCCACCACGCAGCCUUGUCAGUAUCUCGGUUUGUUAUCCUGAGAAUGUUAGAUUCAACGUCAACAUACGGCGUGAAGUUGGUCGAUACCUUCGACACGUUCUUGAGGAUCGUGUUUAUACCGGCAUCCCCCGUGCGGUGCCUGAAAACCAUCUUCACGAAUGUCGUGCCAUGAUAGUUGCUCUUAAGGAUGACGGUAGAUACUCGUCAAGAUCGCGUGAGUUCCAAGGGCACCUCAACCGAAGGGCGCUUGAGGCCGUCAACUCCAGAUUGGUGCAAUGUCAUCCAGAUCUUCGAAUCCAGUAUCCUUUCGUCACAACUGGUCUUAUGUUAACCCUGGUCCGUCUUCAGAAUCGUGAUCCUCGACCCAAUCGGCUUGUCCGUCUCCCCACCUCCGAUCCAGAUAUUUAA